CGGUAGGGUUUCUAUAUUUAUUAUUAUUAUUACUAAUAGGAUAAUUCUCAUUAGGGUUAGUAGUCAUUUAAUAGAAUUAGGUUUAUUGUUAGGGUUUUCCACUAUUUCCUAUAUAUAUGUACUUUGGGCUUUCAUUGAGAAUCAAUAAGAAGCAUAUUAAGAAAAUCCCUAAAUCCUAUUCUCUCCCAUAUUCUCUCAAUUCCUCUUCUUCCCUAAUCCGGCUGCCGGCCAUUCUUUCUCGUUCUUCCCCAAAUUCUACUUCUUAAUCCCUAGUUCUAUUCUUCA